UUGUAACAACUAAAGGAGAAGCGUCCACAGAGGCCAAGGAUAUGGGCCUGAUAUUCAUAGAGGCAACAGACAUAACAUCCAGCGAAGUAGUGGACAUGGCGUCUGGAAAAGCAGUAGACAUGACACCUGAAGAAAUAUCAGGCGUGAUUUUCAGAGAGGUAGAAAAUGUAACACUCGAAGGAGUGACAGACAUAACAACCGAAAA